CUUCUUCCGGGAUUUUAACCAAUUACGUCUCACAGCUUGCUCAGCGGGAAAACGGUGCGGAAACAAAACAAUACCGCGUCAGAAAAGCCAAGUACAAGUGACUUUUUAUGAACUAUUAUGGCUUCUAACUAACUUCUAGCUGGUUGUGUGUGUUUAUAAUGAGGCGCUCUGGAGCCCCCAGCCAACUCCUGGGUAAUGCUGCGAAAAAGCCUCGUUUUAUACCUCCUGGAGCAUCUUCAUGUGUUGCAGUUGAACCCAAGACCCAAAGCCCUAAACUAGGCUUGGUCGAUACCCUGAAUAAGAGAAGUCUAGCAGCGCCACCUCCCAGUCAAAGUGAAUGCACUGGCCAGGCAGCACCAGCCUUGUCCAAAGCUCUGGCUCGAGUGCUCAGUGCUACAGAAAGUAAGGAGAAUAUUGCCGACACCCAACCUACAAGCCCUUCCUCACAAGAGCUCGUAACAUCAACAAGCAUCAGAGGAACAGCCCCCCCGCAGCGAUCUGCCGGAGCAAAUGGAGUUCCUGAUGCGACGGACUGCAGCCGGGAUGCCGUGCGCUACUUCAGCGUCAUGUGGUGUAAGGCCAGUAAGAAGAAGCACAAGCGCUGGGAAGGGGAUGCUGUGCUGGUGACGAAGGGGCGCACUGCCACCCUGAAGGACAUGGAAGGCAAGAACAUUGGACAGGGUAGCGGCUACAAGGUGUCAGUAUUGGCUUCCCUGUGUGAGGGGGACAGCCUGAUGAUUGGAGCGAAGGAGGUGGAGGUCAUGGGUGUCAUAUCCGCAGAGAAUUUUGCCACCGGACGUUGUUUCCAAGAAGCCCAAGGAGAUGGAGAAGAUCCACCGCCGAAGACGGCGCCUUCACGAUGCUUGCCAUCCAAACCUUUCUGCCCUCCUACACUUUUGGGGAGAGCGGGACUUCCACGAUCAAAACCAGCAGAGGAACAGACCUGCAGACCUCGCUUUAAUCCACAAGCUCCAAAUGCACUUGUGAUGCCUCGGCCGUCCCCCAACCAUCAGUGGUCUAACAACAAGUCUGGACUCCCUGUGGUUGAUGUCGUGGUUGACCCGCACCUGACAGCUCACCUGCGCCCCCAUCAGAGAGACGGCCUGCUCUUCCUCUAUGAAUGUGUUAUGGGCAUCAGAGCUGAAGGGCGCUACGGGGCUAUCCUGGCUGAUGAGAUGGGUCUCGGGAAGACCCUCCAGAGCGUGGCUCUCUGCUGGACGCUCCUCAAACAGGGUCCGUAUGGCGGGAAAGCGGUCACCAAGCGCGUGCUUGUGGUCACGCCUGGCAGCCUGGUGCAGAACUGGGGGGCCGAGUUCAACAAGUGGCUGGGGCGUGAGAGGAUCAACGUUUUCACUGUGGAUCAGGAGCACAGGAUCGAGCAGUUUGCUUUGUCUCCUCUCCACAAUGUCCUUGUGAUCAGCUAUGAGAUGCUGCUGCGCAGCCUUGAACAGGUUCAAAAAGUGGAGUUUGGUCUUAUUAUCUGCGAUGAAGGUCACAGAUUGAAGAACAGCAACAUCAAAACAUCCUCGGCCCUCAGCAGCCUGAGCUGCACUCGCAGAGUCAUACUAACAGGCACCCCAGUGCAGAAUGACCUCCAGGAGUUCUACGCCAUCAUCGACUUUGUUAAUCCUGGAAUUCUUGGCUCAACCACUGCGUAUAGGAAGGUGUAUGAGGAGCCCAUUCUUCGCUGCAGGCAGCCUUCCUGCUCAGAGGAGGAGAAAUCUUUGGGCGAAGAGCGAGCUGCUGAGCUCUCCCGACUCACCGGCAUGUUCAUCUUGAGGAGGACGCAGGAGAUCAUCAACCGCUACCUCCCACCCCGCAGCGACUGGACCCUGUUCUGCAGGCCGUCUCCGCUGCAGCGAGAGCUCUACACGCAUCUCCUCAGCCACAGAGUGUUCAGAGCCUGCCUCCAGGGCUCCAUGCAGACACACACCCACCUGGCCUGCAUCACGGCCUUGAAAAAGCUGUGCAACCACCCUGCUCUGCUUCACUCCACCAUCAUGGAAAAGGCUGCUUCAGAAGAGAUGACGUUAUAUGAAGGUCUAGCACUGUUUUUCCCAGAGGCCUACUCUUCGGAUAGCUUGAACCCUGCUGACUCGGGGAAACUUUUGGUUCUGUUGGACUUGCUGGAAACCAUCAGACAACUCAGCCCCAAUGACAGGGUUGUGGUCGUGUCCAACUACACUCAGACACUGGACAUGAUCCAGAGCGUGUGUGUGCACAUGAGCUACACAUUCUGCCGGCUGGACGGACAAACGCCCACCAACCAGAGGCAACGUCUGGUCGACGGCUUCAACAGCCCUCAUUCUCCCAAUUUCCUCUUUCUGCUGAGCUCCAAAGCUGGCGGGGUGGGGCUCAAUCUGGUGGGGGCUUCCCAUUUGGUGCUCUAUGACCUCGACUGGAACCCUGCAAAUGAUAUUCAGGCCAUGGCUCGAGUGUGGCGAGACGGACAGAAGAAGACCGUGCAUACCUACCGUCUCCUCACCGCAGGUACCAUUGAGGAGCGCAUAUUCCAGCGGCAGGUUUCCAAACAGGGACUCUCUGGGACAGUGGUGGACCUCGGCAAAGGCUCCGAGCACGCCAACUUCUCCACCAGCGAGCUCAGAGACCUUUUCAGCCUGACUGAAACGCCCUCCCUAACACACGACCUAUUGAACUGCAGCUGUGACACGAACGGAUCCAUCGCUUUGAUCGAUGUCAGAGAUGAUGAUGAGGAGGAGCAGGACGAUGCAAAACGGCCAUGCCAGCUCGGGCGUGAACGUGGCGGGGGGUCGGGGCAGAAACAUCUCAGCAUGUCCGAGCUGAUGAAGUGGCGACAUUUCUCUGGAGACGCCCACACCUUCUCAGACCCUUACCUUGAUCACGCCAGAGACCAUGUCACUUUUGCCUUUCAGACCACCAUAUCCCACACGGACCAGUAAGCACAACUACGGACCGGAACUGAUUAGGGCAAAAUGGCAUCCAAUGCGAGACCUGUAUCAAAAUACUUCACAUAGAAAAUAAAGGCAAUCAUUUGACUAAUUAGUUUUGUAGUUGUGUAGAAGGGUAAGGUUUUUGGGAGAGAGCCUACAUUGAGAGUUUGCACAGGAGUCCCUAAUAUUGUGGAAGGUGAGUGUCAUUAAAUAUUAAAACAAUUGUAGUGGUAAUAAAACUUGAUUAUUUAUUGUCCAUUGUUGCAGGUCAGGACAACACAGUCUCUGCUCAUGCAUGGACUUC